CACAGUCAUCCAAAUGGGGUUCCUCAUGGUGCUUCGGUACUUAGUAGCCAUGAAAAGUAGCAGCGUUCUCGCUACCAUUGCAAUGGUAAUGAUAUCGGCCCAAGCUCUUGACAACGCCAACCUGGACGGGUAUGUGCCAGUGCCACCAGUGGCCAUUGCUGGGCAGCCUGCCGCGCCGCCACCUGCUGCCGCUUCUGCAGGGCAGCCUGCGGCAGCGCCGCCGCCGGCGAUCUUCGUGUUCGGGGAUGGGGCGCUGGAUGUCGGCAACAACAAUGACUUGACUGGUGGGGAGAUUGGGGACCCUGACCGCGCCAACCACCCUUACUACGGCAUCGACUACCCCGGAGGGCAGGCCUCCGGAAGGUUCAGCAACGGAUACAACAUUGCCGACUUUAUCGCAAAGGACCUGGGAUUCGAGAUGAGCCCGCCGGCUUACCGGUCGCUUCCGGAUCGCAGCCCUGACAAAAUGGAGGGUUUCACCGGAGUCAACUAUGCGUCUGCCAGAGCCGGGAUUCAGGACUCCACCUUCGUAAACACGACCAUUCCAUUGUCGACGCAAGUGGAAAACUUCGGGGAAACAAGAGACCGGCUCAAGGCCCUGCUCGGCGGCCGCAAGCCUCUGAACAUGUUCUUGUCGAAAUCCUUGUUCCUGAUCGGGCUGGGCACCGGGAUGGACCUCAUCCCGGACAGCAACCCUUUCGCCUCAUUCUUCCCACCAAAGGACAACAAAACCCAGGUGCAGCGCCUCACGGAGUUGUUGGGGACAACCAUCACCACGAUGCACGGCAUGGGCGCAAGGAAGUUCGGGAUCAUCAACGCUGGGCUCAUCGGGUGCAUGCCGUCCGUGCAGUCGAUGUAUGGCGGCCUCGGCGGUGACGGUCCAUGCGACGAUGACUUGAACAGGCUCGCCGCCGAGUUCAACUCCGCGCUCGGGACACUCCUGUCUGACCUGGCCAGCAAACUCCAUCGCUUCCGCUACUCGCUCGCUGACUUCUACGGCUUCUCCAACGCCACCUUCACGAACCCAUCAGCCUCCGGAUUUGCGAACACCAUCAGCGCCUGCUACUCCGGCUCCGGGAAACCAUGCUCGAACCGUGCGGAGUACUGGUUCUGGGAUUAUUGGUACACAACGGAGCAGGCCGCUAAGCUCGCCGCUGCUGCAUUUUACAGUGGCAAGAGGUUCGCCAUGCCUGUUAACUUCAAGCGAUUGAUCGCGAUGAAAGGAUGAAUAAUUUCUUAGGAUUUAGGUGAAAUAAAGGUGUGUAUCCAGUGUUCACGAGAGUGACCUUAUUGGGUUGUAUGGUGCUUGCUUGCACUUGUAGCUGGUUAUGGCAUGUUAAUUGGGUGAUGUGAUGCGACUCCACUGCAUAAUGAUUUCAUCAAAGAAUAAUAAAACCAAUCUAUUGUUA